UUCAGUUGCUCGCCUGCCGUUGUGGAUAUUGCCCGCUUUUUCGAGGAGGUUUGCCAUCGCCGCCUUCAUCAUAGCCAAACUCUGCGUUGUUCGUGUGCGCCGUCAUCGUCAUUCGUUAUCGUUCGUUCGUGCCAACAGUCGUUGACUACAAUUGCAUGUUGCUCAGCGCUAAAAUUGCUGUUAUUAUAUAAAAUUGUUGGUUGCUGUUAGGCGAUUUCAUCAUCAUCGUCGCAGUCAUAUCGAACGGCUUGGCGGAACGUACGCGUGGUAUGCGCUCAGCUAGCGCUUGUUGAUUUUUUGUGUGAAAAGGAACAGUGAAAAAAGUUAAGUGCAACAAUUGUGGCUAGUAAUAGUGUUUAGAAAGAGAUUUACAUAAAAGUGAUUUUCGAAACUUGUCAAAAAACUCUUUAGAGGAUUUUCAAAGCAGCGCGGCUCCAGCGUUUGUCGCAGUUGUUAGUUUUUUUCCUCGUGGUAUGUGUGCGCGCCGCGUGCAUAGCAAGUGAUUGUGUGCUGAAGAACAACAACAACAACUGCGCAAAGUAUCAAACUACCAAAGCAAAAUGAGGCUGUCCACAUCCAACGAUUCCAAACCGGAUAAUUAUCAAAUUAACGCAAAAAUCUGUCGGCUAGUCGAGCGUCAUCCCUGCAUGUACGAUCGCUCGCAUCCGCACUACCUGAAAAAGGAUGUGGUGGACAAGGCGUGGGUGAAGAUUUCCAAGGAAAUGGAUGACUCAAUACCAUCAUGCAAGGAACGCUGGCGCAAUAUACGCACCUCUUUUGCGCGCUCCAUCAAUGUAAACAAAGUUCCGUCCAGUGCUAAUCGUACCAAACCCUAUUAUCUGCAUGAAGAGUUGCAGUUUUUAGCGCGCCACAUCACCCCCGGUAUACCGGUAUCACGUCGCCCCAACUACUACACAUCUGCUGACGAGAAGAGCGAAAUGAUUGAAGUGCCCAUCGGUGAGGAGUCAUUUGAUGGCUUUGCUGCCAUGGCAGCACAGGAGGAAGAAGAGGACGAUGAGCAGCGCACCGAUGAGGAUGAGUCACAGCAAGAACGUGCGCCGAGUAGUAGUGUAGAUGAGGCUACCAUGUCGGGCAAGGGAGAGCAAGCAUCACAGAGCCAGUCGGCACAAGAGGCGCAAGCAGAUGGUGGGGAGAUUACAUUGCCAGCGCAAAACUCACCACUGCCACUGGUGCAGCAUCAACAACCACUACAAUCCCAACAGCAAACACAAUCUGUACCUAUACAACUGCAACAACCACAACAACCGCAACAACAACAACAGCAGCAGCUGCCGAUACCUUUACCGCAACCGUUGCCGCCUGCACUCCCUGUUGAACCAAUGGAAGUGGUGGAACGCAUUGUGGCAGAAGUACCAGUACCUGUAAUGCCAUUGUAUCCAUUUAAGAAGCGACUGCGCCCAGCUGAAACAAUGAUGUGCGCGGAAGUGGAGCCGGAGCGCGAUGUAAAGCCCCAACCCAGCGAACUCUGCACACCCGAUCCUGACUUUGACGCCGCGUUUCUACAAGGCCUGCUGCCCGAAAUGAAGGCAAUGGACUUUCGUCAGAAGAUAAUUUUCAAGAAGCGGAUCUAUGAAGUGAUUGGUGAAAUUUUCGAAAACACAACAGCGAGCUGUAGCUCAGCACGUCGUUCGUCGCAGGCCAAUACUAGCUAUAACGGUCACGUUUCUAAUGCCAGCAGCAAUGGUACAGCCUUUAGUAAUGGUUAUGUCGCCAACGCCACCGCCGCCUACACGAAUGGCUAUAUACCAAACAACAAAGGACGUACACCACCACCCACACCUACUCCGACACCUACCUCAUCGCCUAGCGCCUCUGGCUAUGCCUCGCCGCUGAAUACCCUCAAUUCUAGUUCUCCCACCAUAAAUGCGGCCGAUUUGGCGAUGAUACGUCGCCUCAGCACACUGCUGCAGAGUCCGGCGGUGGCGUCUAGCACUGGUGCUAUGACAGCGCUGCCAAAGAAUGUCGCCUCCAUAUCGUCCACUGUGCGCACCACCACCAAUACGACAACUACAGCCUCGUCAAUGUCACCAGCGUCGAUGCUCAAUGCACAUCGUGGCGCGUUCACGCGGUCCAGCGCCAAUUUACUGCGAAACAACUCGGCGCCCACUUCAUCCACCAAUUACGGCUCAGCGUCAUCAACACCAGCCGCCAUCAGUCAUGCAGUCAAGCAAGAAUUGUUAGAUGAUUGAGUCAGUUUUGGAAACAUAUUCUGCUUUAAUUGAAAAGUGUAUUUGACUAGUUCAUGUUUUUAAUGCUUUUGGUAAAUCGUAGCUUUAGAUUUUUAGCGUGUAAGUUGUUUUCUUAGAUUUUUUCCUUUAAGACUUUUUUAUGUGUUUGCUGUAUGUAUAUAUGUAUGCACGCAUGUACUAUAUAAAUAACUGUAAGUGAUCAAUAUUUAGUUUGUAUG